AUGGCAUCGGCGUUGUCUCCCAGUUUCACCUCACUGCUGUGCAGCGUGGAAGUUUGCGACGUUCGGUAUAACAUUCGGGUCCUGAAGAUGAAGGAUUCCGUUUUCAUCUACAUCGGUGAGGACAAUGCGGAGAAUUUCGAUGAAUUAGCGAUGGCAAUGCCCACAACUAACAAUGAAGUUCUAGCAACGACUAUUAUGGGUGGCCUUAUUGGCUGCGGUUCUGAAGAAUUAGCUCAGAAAACGGCUCGCAAGCUCAAGAAACAGGUCUAUCUGAGUGCUAAUGUGCCCAACGAUCGGAUAGUGCGACCAACGAUCGAAAGGAAACUUUUUGAAGAGAUCGCCAAUAACGUGGAGUGUUUUUGA